AUGGACGUUAGCCUAUUCCAGGCUGGGUUACCUAACCUUGCUGGCUUACCAGGGCUGCAGAGUUUGCCCGGUCUCCAAGGUUUAGCUGGACUUCCUUCGCUGAAUCUAGCGCAGCUAUCUGCUCUUAAUCAGGCAAAUGCAACGCAACCUAACCAAGCUCUGCUGAAUCUUCUAGCGAACAAUUCUUUAGCUUCGAAAAUCGGUGCGUUAUCUAACCUACAAUUCGCUCAUGCCCGUCCACCAGUCUCUUUAGCUGGAGGAUUUGAUCCGGCUCAACUGGCCAAACAACAGGAGAUACUUCAACAGCUCGCGGCAGGCGGUGGAAAUUCAGGUUUGGGUGGUGUCCCCCCACCAUCCACAAUAGGUCUUCUUGGCGCUGCACCAGGACAGCUGCUUGGACCGUUGCCGACGGCGCCAGUUCCAAUGAUGACAGAUGACAGUGAGAGCGACAAAGACGGUCGUAGGAGAGAUCGUAAGCGCAGUCGAUCACGAGAUAGGGGCAACCAUAAGAGUCAAGAGAUCGGAAACCCGAAAAGGUGGAUCGUGAACGGAGAAAACUGGGAUUACCUGCUAUUCAGGAGGGUUUGA